AUGACGCACAUGCCGUUCACCGGCUCUGCAGAUCCCUUGCCAGUCACACUCUUCCACCCGCGCCGCAUCUCCACACCGAAGCUGAAUCCAAACAACCGCGACAAUAUCCGCUCUGACUCACCCACCAAGGCCUGCCACAAUUGCCGCAAGAAGCGCUGGCGAUGCGAUCGCAGUCUACCAAGUUGCCAGAAAUGUUUGGCUGCGGGUACAGAGUGCCUGGGUUAUGGGAAGCUGUUUAUCUGGAAUCAUGGAGUGGCGAGUCGGGGGAAGAUGAUGGGGAAGGGGUAUGAGGAGAAUGUGCAGAAGGAGAGGAACGAGAUGGGUAAAGUGGCUAGGACAAAUAAGGCACCGGCGUUGGUUUGGGAUCAUGAGGAGGAUUCGAAACAACAGCACCUGGCUGGGGAAAAUCAGGAUGCUGGGCCCAGUUGCAAUGCCCUGACUUCCACGAAUAAAGAGGGAGACAAUACCGCCAUGGUUGUUCAGCGAUCUCUGAUUGACCCGUUGGUCAAUGAUCUUGACCGAAACUCGAGAUACUACUUGUAUCACUACGCCACCCAGCUAUGUGAAGUCAUGGUGGUUUACGACAUGCCUGGGAGAAACCCCAUGCGUGAUCUGAUACCGGCCACGUGCGCUUAUCCACUCUUGCUGCACAUCAUAGUUGCCAACUCGGCUUUCCACGUCUACAAUAUCACACGGAAUCCCAUGGGCCAUUCUACCUACCAGGGCGAGCAGAGUCCGACUGUUGUGGCAUACUAUCAAGCCGUCAGCCGAUUUGGUGGACCACUGGAGUCCUCCUACCGUGAUGCGCUCGUAGCGAAACAUCACGCGCUUGGCUUAUUAGCAGGGAGUGUAGCAACAGUAAACGCCUCCAACAUCGACCUCAUCCUCGUUACCAUCCUGCUCUUUGUCAAUUACGCUCUUGUUGAAUCUGGCCGUGACAAGUGGAAGGUUCACAUGGAUGGCGCUUCGAGACUCAUCAAACUCCUUGGUACACCACCUUACCUCCAGCAGCCUAUGAGUCGGCUUCGCCAGACUAUCCUCUCAGACUUCCUCGUCUUCUACAUUCUCGGCUCAACUUUUUCCUUUUCCAAUAUGUCUGCUUUAAUACCCGACUCUAUCGAACUUGAACCUAUCCUUCGCUACGCGGAAACAAACAACUACCUUUCUUGCCCCGGCCCCCUUCUCCGCAUAAUGAUUGAAUCAUUCGCCUUACCCAGCUCCCAGGACUCCCCUCGCGUUACAACGAUGGGAUCAAAUACUAUCCAAGACCAAGUAGGUGCUCUGCUCCAACGCGCUAUAGCUUUCGAUCCCAUCGCGUGGUCCGAAUCUUUCGCUCCUGCUUCCCCCGAUGAAGACCUCUCCCAACGCAUCCGCAUCGCCUCAGCCCACCGCUCCGCAGUUUGCAUCUAUCUCGCCCGCGUCCUACCGUCCACUAACCCCUUGCUCGACCCCGCAUCCGGCUCUGCGCUUGUUUCGCUCACUGGGCUGGCUGAUGACGUGGUACACCAUAUUUCGCACUUGCGACCUGGUGACGCAUUGUUCAAAAGUAUAUGCUGGCCCUUGUUCCUUGCCGGCACAGAAAGUGAGGACAGCGAACAACGUGAGUGGAUCAUGAAUACGCUAGAUCAACUCUAUGGGAUUAUGUUUUGGGGCUAUCUCCAUACUAGCAAGAGAGUGCUUGAGGUAAUAUGGAAACUGAAAGAUGAAGGGGCGUUAGGGGAGGGAAAUUGUUGGGUCGAGGAGGUCAAAGACUUGGGGAGUGAAAUUUUGAUUGCCUGA